ACGAGCUUUGUUAAAGAUUAUGAACAAGUAUGCACUGUACUAUCAAAUAGGGAAAGUGAAAAGGGGAAAUUUCGUUAGGCAUUUCUCUCAUCGUUUAUUAGAAAUCGGAGAUACUUUGUGUCUGGCCAUUUUAUGGCCGCUGCUAUUGUGAUUAGAAGAAAGGCAAAGAUGCUCGUUUCCAGACUUAGGAUUUCAUCUUACUCUUCAUCAUGAUCAACAUUUUACACAACUCAGAAAUGGAAUCAGUAUUUGGAGACCUUCCUCCUAGUGGGAUUUCAGGUUCUUCACAUAACAGAUUUACAGUUGAAAAGUCUGCAAUAACGCCUCAAGAAUGUGAAAAUGCCGUGUCUUUGACCCAUGUUGGCAGAGCUGGGGAAGCUCAAAUGGUCGAUGUUUCUCCAAAAGAAAGCACCAAAAGAAUUGCAAUUGCUAGUUGCAAUGUAAUUCUUGGCAAGAAGGUGUUUGAUUUGGUCUUAGCUAACCAAAUGGCCAAGGGCGAUGUCCUCAGUGUUGCUAAAAUUGCAGGAAUAAGUGGAGCAAAGCACACAAGCACUCUAAUUCCACUUUGUCAUAACAUAACCCUGUCACAUGUGCGAGUCGACCUUCAUUUAAAUCCCAAAAAUUACAGUGUGGAUAUAGAAGGAGAAGCUGCAUCAACAGGUAAAACAGGAGUUGAAAUGGAAGCAAUGACAGCGGUGACCAUUGCUGGCCUUACGGUCUAUGAUAUGUGCAAAGCAGCUUCAAAAGAUAUUCAGAUCACAAAUGUGCGACUUGAAAGUAAAACGGGUGGGAAGAGUGGACAAUGGUCAAGGGAGGAGUAAAAGCUUAAAGGUACAUGUGUUGUUUUACUUCUUCUGAAUGUUUGAGACAGUUGAUUUGAUGCACAUUUUCAAGAAAAUCUGGUUUGGUUUUACCUUGGAUUGAAAAGUAGUUUGUCCUUGAGAUUAUUAGGUGAACUCUAAAGUUAAAAAAAGGAAAGAUUAGUAGGUGAA